GCACGAUGAUGUCCUGCCUACCGCGCUGUCGCCCAGCUAUGAUGUGUUUGUGGCUACGGUCAUGUGACGGCAGCUCUCCCUGCCUUGGUGCAGUCUGGUAGUGUGUGAGAUGCUGGCAGCGUCGGUGCCGUGAGACAGACACAGCAGAUAUUCAGCAGGAGGAUCACACAGGCUUUUUCCCUGCCUGGCUCCGCUAGCCUUACACGAUGGCUCCUCUGAAGGAUGCUGAAUUGGGAGCUUUCACCUUCUUUGCGUCGGCUCUUCCUCAUGAUGUCUGUGGAAGUAACGGCCUCCCUCUCACUCCAAAUUCUAUCAAAAUCCUGGGGCGAUUUCAAGUCCUCAAGACUAUUGUCCACCCCAGACUAUGCCAGUAUGUGGAUAUCUCUCGGGGUAAACAUGAGAGACUGGUGGUUGUAGCUGAACACUAUGAGAAAAGCCUUGAAGAUUUGCUGCAGGGCAGGAAGCAUGUGAGCCACUUGAAGAUUUUGCAACUUGCCUAUGAAGUCCUUCAGGGAUUAGAAUACAUGAACUGUCACCGCAUGGUGCAUCGGGCACUCUCUCCUCAUAAUAUCCUGCUGGAUGGAGAAGGUCAUGUUAAAAUGGCUAAAUUUGGCCUAUAUUACAUAACGGAUCAUGGAGCAGAUGUAGAUUUCCCAAUAGGGUACCCGUCGUACUUGGCACCAGAAGUAAUUGCUCAGGGAAUUCUAAAACCAAAAGACCCCACUCAGUAUGAGAGAUCUCGACCCUCAGGGCCAAAGUCAGAUGUCUGGUCACUGGGUGUGAUUUUGUUUGAGCUAUGUGUGGGAAGAAAGCUAUUUCAGAGACUGGACAUAUCGGAGAAGCUGAAGCUUAUUCUCACAUUGGGCUGUGUUGAUGACAUUGUGACCGUGCUCGCUGAAGAACAUGGAUGUGUGGAAGUGAUAAAGGGUCUCCCAGGAAAUGUUCUAACAUUAUUGAGUAAAUGUCUCACGUACCAUCCAUCAAAAAGGCCCACAGCUGCGGAUUUGCUUGCAGACAGUGUGUUCUGUGAAAUAUCUCCCACAUACACUCCCUUCCGCCAACCUGUUAGCCUGUUCUCCUCUGCAUUGAGAUGUGCUGACCUCUUUCUGCCUGAAGACAUUAGUCUUCUGUGUAAAGAUGAAGGUAGCGACUUCCUCUCAGAAAGAUCCAUUGAGGAAGUCUACCAUCUCUGGUGCUUGGCGGGAGGAGAUUUGGAAAAAGAAUUGAUCAGUAAAGGAAUUAUUAGAUCCAAACCACCAGUUUGCACAUUACCAAACCUCCUGUUGGAAGAUGGAGAAAGCUUUGGUCAGGGUAGAGACAGAAGUUCCCUCCUUGAUGAUACAACAGUGAAGUUGUCCCUGUGCCAGCUUAGAAACAGAUUAAAAGAUGUGCCUGGGGAAGCGUUUUAUCCAUUAUUAGGAGAAGACCAGUCAAACGUCCCUCAUUCUGGUAGUAACAAUGAGCUGUCUACCUCCACACUUCCGCUGAUAAUCAGAGAGAGGGACACAGAGUAUCAGCUCAACAGGAUUGUCUUAUUUGAUAGGCUACUUAAGGCUUAUCCGUACAAGAAAAAUCUAAUUUGGAAAGAAGCCAGAGUGGACAUCCCUCCCCUUCUGAGAGGUUUAACUUGGGCAGCUCUUCUGGGUGUGGAGGGCGCAAUCCAAGAAAAAUAUGACGCUACAGAUAAAGAUACACCUAUACCUACAGACCGUCAGAUUGAAGUCGAUAUCCCACGCUGCCAUCAGUAUGAUGAGCUGCUGUCGUCGCCUGAGGGACAUGCAAAGUUUCGAAGGGUGCUGAAAGCUUGGGUGGUAUCACAUCCAAACUUGGUGUAUUGGCAAGGCUUGGAUUCAUUGUGUGCUCCCUUCCUUUACUUGGAUUUUAACAAUGAAGCACUAGCAUAUGCCUGCAUGUCUGCAUUUAUACCAAAGUACCUGUAUAAUUUCUUUCUGAAGGACAAUUCUCAUGUUAUCCAAGAGUACCUGACUGUGUUCUCCCAGAUGAUAGCAUUUCAUGACCCCGAACUGAGCAACCAUCUCAACGAAAUUGGCUUCAUUCCAGACCUCUACGCAAUUCCGUGGUUCCUGACCAUGUUCACACAUGUUUUCCCUCUGCACAAGAUCUUCCACUUGUGGGACACGCUGCUUCUAGGAAACGCCUCGUUCCCAUUCUGUAUUGGAGUGGCUAUUUUACAGCAGCUAAGGGUCAGGCUACUUGCUAAUGGAUUCAAUGAAUGUAUCCUCCUCUUCUCAGAUUUACCAGAAAUUGAUAUUGAGCGAUGUGUGCGAGAGUCAAUUAAUCUCUUUUGCUGGACGCCAAAGAGUGCUACAUACAGGCAACAUGCACAGACACCAAAGCAGGCUAGCGACCACAGCAUGAGCAGACCUCCAGGUAGCUUCAGCGUUGAAUACCAGGACACCCCCAAGAAUGACUUGGGGCGGGAGCCUAUCAAAUUAACAGAGCUAAAAUCGGAAGUGUCUCCCCGAAUUUCUGCAGAGGAUCUGAUUGACUUGUGUGAACUAACUGUACCCAGUCAUGCGAAGGCAUCCAGCAAAAAGACCAAGUCCAGUAAGCCCAAGCUACUUGUUGUGGACAUCCGACAAAGUGAGGACUUUAAUCGAGGACAUAUCCCUGGUAGUAUUAAUAUGCCAUUUGGCUCAGCGUUCACCACAGAUGGAGAACUUGUGCCAGGUCCCGCAAGUGCUACCCUUCAGAGCUUCAAAGGCAAAGUGAUCGUGUCAGUGGGACUUGUUUCAACAAAUGCUGCUGAGUUUGCAGCACAUCUGGUGAAGUUGGGAUUCCCUCGUGUUUGUAUUUUGGAUGGCGGUAUAAACAAGAUGAAGCCAACCGGACUACUGACUGUGCCCUCUCCUCAGAUAUGAUUAGUGUAACCCAGGGGCUUUGCAGCUCUCAUGUUAUAUUUCAUGUAGCCAGCUCAGAAUGUAUUGUUUCUUUGUACUGGGUAGUACUCUUUACACUUAUACAUAUGAUCCCUGAUCUAUGGGUAAGCUUCAAAAAGGGAUACAACAAUUAAGAAUCUAUUUUACAUGGAAAUUUGUAUCAUCUAAAUUUUUGAUUUUUUUUUAAAUAUUAACCAAUCAUGGGUAAUUUUUGCAGAAAAUUCUCCAAACUAUAGGUCAAGACAAAUGGAGAAAAGUCCAAUUCCGUUUGAUAAACCUAUUCAUGGUGGGAUUUGCAGACUGAGUGACUUGGCACAUACCAAUGAUAGUAAAACACGAUGACCAAUUCUACACGUUUGUACUUUACCAGUAUACAGUAUGUGCACAUGUGUAUAGUUACUUGUUGCAGUGAGAUGAUGUUUCCGUCAGCUACGGGCAUGAUAUUACUCAGUGGUCUAAAAUAAAACUAACUAUUCUGUUCUAUGUACAAAGAGUUGCUUAGACAUAAUAUUAUAUUAGUAAGGAUUUUGGACAGCUGAUAAUACAAAUACAAGAGUAGUAGGAAGGUUUUAUAUUUGUGGGCUGUUUGCAACAUGUUUAUGACAUGCAAACAUACUACAUGCUAUAAGGGAAACCUGUAUGAACUAUCUAUUUACAUUAAAUGACUUGCACAAAUCAUCUUGUAAACUAAUGAAGCAAUUAUGUAUAUGUCUGUGGCUGCUGCGACCAUUCUGUGUGUGUAAUGUUACAGUUUUCUUGUAAGUAAUAAUUCUGUGAUGUAGCCAGUGACAUUUAUGGUAAACAGAUGUUACUUACACGUGUAUGCAAGUAUCUUUACUUAUUAAAACAGCCUGGGCUGAAAUCUGUGAAAUAUUCUGUCUGCUAAAGAUGCUCUUUAAUGAAACUUUAUCUUAAAAUAUUGGGAGGAAUGAAGCACACUUACCUGCCUUUGGACCCCCCAUUCCGGCACUGCUGUGGGUGUGGUGUGGCAGAAGCGGGCAUUGUUAUACGAUGCUGUGAUUAAUGUCAUUGUCCCCUAUCUUGUCACAAUACAAAUAGCCUAAUAGAUUUGUUGGGGUUUUUUUCAAUUGUGCUACCAUUUAUAUCUUGAUAUUGCACAGCACAGUGUAAAUAAGCAUUGUCAGGAAUGGUCAAGUGAAGAAUAAUGUGAAUCUCUACAGCAAUUUCUUGGACAUUGUCUUCAAUAAAGAUGUUAUUGAUUAAUUGGAACAA